UCUCUAUACGGACGUGCUCCUUGAUGCAACAACACUGCACGAUCGAGACCGUGCGGCGCAUUUUUAUGCGGACUCUGCUCGUGACUGGUGAGGCUCUCGCGCAGUCAGUUGACGGAUCGCCCUAGUUAAUUAGCUCCACGCUGUUGCAUUCGUUGCGCUCGCUGCAUCAAUCAACACACUCGGUUACCGACAGUCAGAUGAACUCCGUGUGACUUCGAACCAAGUGUGAUCAGAAGUCUUCUGGUGUGAUUCAAAUUCAGCGUUAUCUAGGAUCUUUAUCUCACGUGUGUUCAGAACCAAGGUAUCUAGGAUUGUUAUCUCACGUGUGUUCAGAACCACGUUAUCUAGGAUCAUUAUCAUUUGUUAUCUAGGAGCAUUCUCUCCGCGUGCUCAGGAACCCUGCGUUAUCUAGGAUUUUCUUCGCGUGUGGUUCUCGGCCCUGCAGCAAAAUCGCUCACGAACGCGCUGACCUGUUUGUUGAGGUUUGGAAACCUGGGGUGGAUAGAACCAUGUCGACCGGUUCGGGACAUAGCGAUUGCAAGUACAGCCCGGUGGACCCGGACACGAUCAAAGAGGCUGAGCAGCCGAAGGUCAAGGAGGCAAGUGGAGGCUCCAUGAUGGUCUUCCUGUCGUACAAAACUCGGAGAUCACAAAGUCCCUCCCUAAGAAGCGGUAACAGUGAAGGCUGUUGCUCCAACUGUUUGCGAUGCCUGGCCGGUAUCUCAUGCCGCACCCUGUCCGCGUUCGUCCUCAUGCUCGUCGGCAUAGGGGGCUUCGCGGGAGGUUUCAUAAUAGGAAUAAAGAGGAGCAGGGAACUUAUAGACAAACGAAUGUCGCCAGAACCAGCACCAACAGCUCUAGGAUUGUCUUCUGAAAACACUUCAGAAAUAACAAAUGGAAGUUACAAUUCUAGCGAAAGUAUUUUUCUGGCCGAGGAUGACUUCACAAUUAUGCCGGUGUACAUGGAAUACAUCGUGAUGGGCGUGUGUAUAGGCACGGGCGUCUUCGGCAUCCUGUUUUUCAUCGUGGGAUCCCUCUCAACAGGCUGGACGAGCAGACACGUGUUCAAUACGUCCAAGAAAAACGGCUGCGCCAGAGCACUUAACAUUAUUUGUUUAAUAUUUGCAUUCGUGCUACACUUGGGCUGGCAAGGAAUCACUUGUAUCAUGAUGGUCCCCGUGGUGCUGCUAGCAGUCAUCAAGAUCAUCAACGUACAGGAUGCAGUGGACUGCCUAAAUCUUCAAAACUAUGCUUUUCCGAAAAUGCGGUCGAUCGAAUGCGGCAACGCGUUUGACCUUUUUGUCAAAGAGGGCAUGGAUGUGCUGAUCUGCUGGGCCGUUGCCGUCGCCUCCGCCAUCGUCGUGGUCUUCAGCUUGGCGUUCUUCAUUGUAUGUAUGGGGUCCGAUUAUCGGCACCUCCAGGAGACCAAGUUUGCGACGUACAACAAUUACGAGAAGGCCGACGGACGGGGCAACAGCCAGGAGUCAGUGCUCGACACCAAAAUGUAAGGAACUCAUUCCAAAUAAUCAGUGUGUUAUGAUGUCAUUGCGUCGCCAUUGCAUCAUCGAGUAAACAAACAUCUUGGAUACUGAUGCGGACUCCAUCUAUCAUCACUUGAAUGAACUAUAAUGCCUAUGAUUAUGAAUGCACUGCAGCGCCAACUGCAUUGUGGAGGUCACGAAAAAAACUUCGGUUUCUACGCAAAAAUGACUAAGGCAGCGAAAGAUGCUUCGUUUUAAAGCAGAAUGGGGGCGAGGGGGAGAGUUCCAGAUCUUUAGGAUGCUGGUUAUGAGAUAUGUUGCCUGAUUCGCAUCUGUUUUAUACAGCUAAAGCGCACACCGAGAUUUUGUAAGAAAAGGGAACGUUUCGACGUGUAUACGAGACUUCCUUUCUGGAAUUUUCCCCAUCGCCAAUAGACGGCACCACCGCCUUAGGAUUCCAAAAUAUCUCGUGGACCAGAAUUAUACUAUUUUGGAUUAGUGUUUCUAUCGAAGUUCCUCAGUAUUUUCAUAGGCAAACACUAACUUCGAAGCUUUGGAUGGUAAUCUCAGUGUUUCGCUUUACGUCAUGCGUACGAUUGUCGUCAAAGGUCUGUAGUUGUCGUAAAAGUGCCGUAAGGCGGUAUAAAAUAAUCCUGUGGAUAAUAAUUACAUGAAGGUGUAUAUUUGUAUGAAUUAUUAUUUCAUCAUCGUUUUUAGAGAGUUUAUGCAUUGGAUUUGGUACAGUGCAACCCAUAUUGUGCACCGUUGUGAUUUCUUAUUAUGAUCGGGAGUUUUGUUUUCUGCCCCGUUCGGAGAAUCAUGAAUUGAAAAUUCAGAACAUCAGCAUCAGGGUAGCCUUGCAUUAUAGGCUCUUUGGUCAGGACUAUCAGGAAUCCACGCGGAUUAAAUGAUCACACAUUCACGAGGAUAAAAAUACUCAGUUUAAUCUUCACCCGGAUAAUCGACGCAUCGUGGAUUAUAGUGUAUAUAUCAGCUGCUUGGAGCGGUAUACACCGUGACGUCAGACCCUUUUAUAAACAUUUAAACAUCCUUGCCGUAAAUUUCACUGACACAAAAUGUUUAGAAGAAAUAAAACCGUGAUCUGUAUAAGGUGCUGCAAAAAUGGAUAUUUACUAUCUUGAAAACAGAAUACAAUGCCGUCAUAGUGUACAUGGUUCCAACUAGUGCCACUAGGGUGAAUUAUUUGAUCCAUUGCUUUGGAUGAAUUUGGUGCUUGUUACAUCCGGGACUCUGAGAGAUUAGACAAAAAUUAAAUUAAAAAAGACCAACCACCAUCCGGCUGAGUGCCAACCUCGCACGUACCUCGGCCUCUUGACGACAUAGAAUUGUUGUUGAUACGGUAUAAUACGUUAGGGUGGUGAUCAGUCAUGUACAUCAUCUAUAUAUAUUCAGUGUUAUAAAUGGCGCAUUUCGUAAUUCACACACAUAUAUAUUUUGUACAAACUACUCACGUUGUUCUGGACUAUGAAAGGUGAAUGUAGGAAGGUUUGGACUCAUCAGUUAAAGUUAAAAUUGAAAUCAAAGUGACUCUGGUUUUGUUGUGCGUCAAAUGAGAAUGAUAUGCCUCAGGUUAUGUGUUAUAGUGCAUCACUGUACAAUUAACCAUACAUUCAGGUCGAGGUAGUAUGUAAUUUAAAAUACAUACAGAUGAUACUGCAGCAUGUACAUGUAGGCCUAAAUAAACUCGUGUAAUACUAGAGCUCCUUUGAGAUGGGUUUUCCAUAAAAUGCAAGGCAGGUUGCCAAUCAUUUAUCAGUAAAUUUGAUGAAAGGGCUCGAACAAAGGGUUGGAUUAUUAGCUCAGUACGGUGAGAACGAAAAAGUGGACCUAAAGUAAGGGUUCAACUGAAAUUAAUAGCUCUAGCUAACCCAUUCAUAAACGUUCCGGCAAACCACCUUGUAUUUUAUUCUCAACCGCAUUAGAUGAGCAAGCAGAAGGAAAAAUGUAUGGAAAAGGAGGAGGGUUCUCGUUACCCAUAUUCAAGAACUUGACACAAAAAGGUAUCGCGCAUACUAUGUUGGGGGAAUCCCCCGUAUACAUCAUGAAUACUGCCUUGUGCAUAUGCUAACUCCUACUGUUGGUUGUAAGGUUUAGCACCUCUUUUGCCAGUCUUGGAGCUGGAAAUGAGCGUGCUGUUAGUGCGCAUGAGCGAUGAAUUCACGCAUGCGUAGAACAAAGUUCACAUGGUGCAAAACCUAUUGCGAAGCGGAGAAUUAUUGAAUGCGUCACGUUGGUUGGUGAUGCGGGUAUAAAGUAUGGCGAAUUCGACGUUGGUUUUGUCAUAAUGCUGGUCAUUUUAUUGUUAUUACCAGCCGAGUUUUCUAUUUUGUACAUGAAUUCAUUGCGUAUAUACACGACUAAGCUAUUAUGUUUAUACUUUAUUUAUACGUUUUUAUUAGGAUUGCAAAUGUCAUCGCAUGCGUCGUUGGGAUAACACGAUGGCUAAAUAGAUGAAAAAAAUAUCACAUUUUGGAGUGCCAUUUUUCUUGAACAUAUUUUCAAUGUGUACUAACAUGAUGACUUUGAGAAGGAUGCAAUCAUUCAAUAACCUAAAAUAAAUUCGACUCCGUUAGGCUGUAAAUUUUUUCUAGCAACACGAAUUAUCGAAUUGUCACCUUCUCGGCCAACUUUUAUAAUGUAGACCUUCGUCACAAGCCUUUGACCUUGUUGAUUGAUGUAGAGCCUUGAAUUGUUGAUGAGGUCUAAGUUCCGGCUCCCUUUUUCGGAGGAAGACCAUCAAACCACUCUCCGUUUCCAACUAAUAGCAAGGCAUUUUGUAAACGUUUGCUGCCUAUUACAUGAAUUGGUUGGUUGAUGACAUCCGUCCCAAAGUCACGUGACAAACAGCAAAAAUGGCGGAGGAAAACCACUAUAGGUGUAUUCUUGCGAUGUUUUCAUCACGCUCUAGUGAUCAUUUAUUGUCCACUGUGUACACACUAUCUAAAUAAUUAUUUAUAUGAAAAUAUAUGAUAUUUGUAAAGCCUAAUUAAAUCACUGUGUCUGUAUAGAGAGGUUAAGUAGUUCUGUAAGCUAGAUAUAAUCUUCGUGGUGCACGCUAAAAGCAGUCGCUUUUGAUUCUUGCUUGUAUAAAUAGAGUUAUAAGCAGGAAAUAACGCAUUUUGUCCGAGUCUAGUCGAAAGUAACCAGAGUAACGUAUGCACGAGUUUCGUUGAUGGCAUAGUUAAACAUUCGGUGAUUGCAUUACAUUGUUUGAUGAUCAUUUGGAUAGCCCAUAUCAUCUGUAAUUGGUUCAUCUUGAUAUUUUUUUGUCAUCAUGUAUUUUUCUUUGGCGAUAAGGUACAAGAUCUAGAUUGGUCCAAUGCCGGUGAGAAUGGUGGAUUUCUCUUCAUAAGAUUUUCUCUGUAAACACACGUUAAUCCAGAUGUUCCGCCUCUAUCAUCCCUGAUAAAAAACUAAUUUGUAAUUCCUAAUUAAUCAGCAUAGUAUCGUUCAACCUGUGGAUGGUGGAUGAGAAAAUCUGCCUCUUUUAAAUACCAAGGAAGCCAGCUUGACAAGGAAGCCAGCCCUCUUAGAUAUCAAAAAAGCCAACUGCUAAAAGUUAAGAAUUGGGAGCUACCAUGUAAAGGCAAUGUGCAUAGCCUUCAAAUGUAUUACAUAAAUUCCUUGAGUUAGUAGGUGCAGUGUGGUUCGCUGGUAUUUAAAGAAGAGAGCAGUAUCGCAUACAUCUUGUCAUUUAAGGAUGGCUACAAGUUGAGAAAAGGAAGGAGAUGACUUUCUUUCUAUUCCAGUUUCUAAACCGGUAUCCGGCUUCGGGUUAUUCUAGAAAGAAUGCUUCUCCCAGAUCAAAAGUACACUUACUAUAAUUACAUGUAGAUUGUUUGAGUUGGGUCAAUGUGUUUAUUACUUUGAUGGUGUCCGCUUUCAAAUGAAACUAUAGUAUACCAUGCUUAAUUCCGCUGCAUGACGUCAUUAGUAAUAUUUGUCAGCUUCUUUUUCUUGAAAUGAACUGCAUCAUAUUGUAUAAUUAUAGUACUUCAGAAUCAUGUAGACUUCGGCAUUUUGCCAGCACGUGUUAUGAUAAAUAUGAAUAUUAGAUGUUGAACAGAGUAUAAUCAGAAAUAAAGUUGUCUUUGUAAAUGUUUGUGAUAAAUUGACACUCAAUUGCCCAGCCGUCGAUUCGUAUGAGCUGACACCAAGCGGAGCGAAUGCUUUACGUAUAUGCGGCUUGGUGAACGAGGCUAAUUUGAAUCAUGUUUUCCAGCAACCGCUGCCUUUCUGUUACUCCCCGUACUGCUGAUAGAGGUCGCUGUUUGCGCAUGUCCAUUAGGGGUAUGUGGUAAACAGGUAUCCAAAACGAAAUUCCGUCAUUUUGAAGCUAACGUUUUUGGUGAUAUUAUCUUUUGACCGGGAAAAAAACGACAAAUUGCUUGUGGCGCAAGGAUGGCAAAUUUCUGACUGAGUUAAGCGUAUGGUUUUGGCAUUCAAUUGAUAUCAUUUGAAAGGAAGCCGUUUUUAACAGCAUGGAGGCUGCUCUCUCAUCGAAAUUUGAAACUUCAAACAGUUUUUCUUUAGCGAACUCAACUGAAAUAAAUCGAACGUUCAGCCAAUCAGAAGCCUGCCACUCUGUGAUCGUCAUUUGAAUAGGAAAUUGAAAACAAAUUAUGCUGUAUGCGACCCAAGGUAUACGGCGGCCAUUUUAAAGGUGGCUGUUGCUUUGAUAUAAACAACCGUUUAGUACAUAGCGCAUUCAAUUUGCAAUUGUGUACAAAUGUGUGUGUGUAAAGAUUUUAUAUUUCUUUCUUCAUCAAACUUUGGUAAAACACUUUAUUUCAGCUUCCCGCCGAAUGGCGUGGAGGGAAAAUUGUACAUAGAAUUAUAUCUCACUUAUGUGCUUGUCCUGGUUUGUACUGCCCUCUAUUGAUUAAAUAGGUAACUUGUCGGUUUCUUAUAAAAAGGGGCAAUCCCGUCGAAACGGAGUGGCACCACAACAUUGGUCAAAACUAUGCAAAUGAGUUAUACUUCCAUAUUUUUCAGGGAAUGGUUCUUGUUUAAACUUUGUCAAACAAUGACAGACAUGUUUGAACGUGACCGGAUGUCACGUGGUGUGAGAACUGGGCCAGCAGAUUUGUAGAAAUCGAACGUCCCAUGCUUGAGAAAUAUAGUCCGACUGUCAUUAUUCGUCCGUAUAUAUAUAUCUUACAACCAAAACCUAUUGUGUUUGAAAGACCAAUGGCCAACCGUUUGAAACAUUUGAUAUUUAUAAUUUUGAUCUUGCCAAAAUGGUGCUGGCAAAAAUAGAAAGUAUUCAAAAUAUUGAUAUUUAUAAUUUUGAUCUUGCCAAAAUGGUGCUGGCAAAAAUAGAAAGUAUUCAAAAUAUCGCUAAGUGUUUUUCGUUUGACAGUUUUUUAUACAAAUGUACUAGUACCAUAGGUCCAUCCUUCAUACCCUCGUCCCAUGUCUAGCUUUAAUGAAUUCAGUAAGCCAUUGAGGUAACCACUACCGGAAAAGGUUGAAAAUGGCAGCCUAUACAAGCAUACGUGACGAUUCGAAUCUUUGAAAACUUGCUAAAAAUGAAAUGUUAGUUUAAUCCGCACAAUACUAAAAGGAUGGAAAAUACUAACAAACGACUUUUAUCGCGGCUGUGUGCCACCUCUCUCUAAAAGUUGGCCCAGUUUGGUAAGAAGAGAUUUGCACCUGGCAGCUUUAGUUCCUUUUUUCCUGGUCCCGUAUUUCAGGGGGCCUCCAUGUGUAGCCCUGAGGUAGGGAUUGCCCCUUUCUCAACAGCAGAAACGGUCAGCAGGUGAUGUUUGUUUUUGGUGACGUCAUUCAUUAUCUGGUUAGCCUACAGUCUCGGGCCACAGUCACGUCCCAUGAGUCUAUUUUGGCCCUGUGUGGCUACAUUUUCAUGCAUGUUAGAGCAUUUUUCUCCUCGAAAGAUCUUCUGGGAACUUCUAAAACAUUUGAGAGAAAUUGACUGAGAGGCAAUAUUGUGGUUGAACCAGGCGCAAACACCGGUGGGUUGACACUUGAUAAAAUCCGCAUCGUACUCGCGGUGCAUUGCUGCAUUUUUGACCACGUGACCAAGAUUUCAUCUUUGCUGGGUUUGCUAUUGGAUAACUAAUGUUGUGUCAUUGGCAUAUCCAAUUCGUGUUAGGUUUUUUCUUUGAUCUGAGACGCUACAAUGGGUUGACAGACCAGUCCCAACGGCAGCAUGACGUCACCAAAACACAUCACGUGUUUGUCGGUCUACUUAAUUGUGGUACGCUCGCGUGCUUACUGCCUGCUUUCAGUAGCAAGUAAAGUGUUAGGCUCUUCGGGAUUUCCAGUGAAGCAAGUCAAGAAAUGGUGGAUAGCUCCACGGCAAGUGCAGGAGGUGAGGUUUACCAGCCUCACGUCGCAACGUUACGCCAUUUCGAGGUGAGCCUGAGUAUUAGCUCAAGGGGCUAAUGGCGAAACCGGACAUGACGGAACCAGUGAGCCAAAAUAAUGACGUGUGCGACAACAACCAAUCACAACGAAGGAUAGGACUAAAUCCUGUAUAUAAAAAAUUAAAGAGAUGUUACCAACAUGAGUAGAAGUUAAUGGUUGCAGAUUUUUGUGGUUCGUUGUUACAGGGUGUUUCAAAGAGAGGAUAAGCACUUUGUAUCAUAAGAUCACUUCAAACUCGUCACUUCAUUCCGUUCGACAGUCAUAUCUAUGAAGAGGCCUAGUCGGCAGGGAGGGUAUUCAGUGAAUUCUUGUUUUUUUCUCUCAAUUGGCUGUAGAUGCUGAGCUACUAACAACGAAGGACUAGUGUCUGGGAAAAGCACAGCGUCGCUUGUCUUAGGAAAUUCCUUACAAAAUAUAAUCAAAAAGUUGCUUCCCUCGAGGUGCUUACUUCAACCAAAUGCAUGUACCACCAACCUCGCUUUGACACACACUGUAUACGAAUAAAUGUGGAGUCCUCAGUAUGAGUAUGACCAAGAACACAUGUCGAGUGCUCGUUGGUAUACGGACCACGUUCGGUUAAGACUCAGUCUUACUAGUAGUGAUUAAGCCUAUCUCUUUGACGAACUAAGAUAUCUCCAUUUUUGCAUAAUAUGUGUAGACGUUUUGUAAGAAAGCCUGUUUAUCCAUUUUAUUAUGUGUAUUAUAUUAUCGACGGAAUAAAAUCAAUGUAUCUUAUUAA